AUGAUUCAAUGUGUAUUUGAGGGGAUCGCUAAACAAGGAAACCCAACACUUCUCAAUAAGAUCUACACAGAGCUCUACAUCACAGAGGGUGGAACAGGAGAGGUCAAUAAUGAACAUGAGCUGAGACAGAUUGAGACCACAACCAGGAAACAAGCAAGACCAGAGACUGCAAUCAAAUGUAACAACAUCUUCAAACCCUUAACUGGACAAGACAAACUUAUCAGAACUGUGCUGACAAAGGGAGUCGCUGGCAUUGGAAAAACAGUCUCUGUGCAGAAGUUCAUUCUGGACUGGGCUGAAGGAAAAGAAAAUCAGGAUGUCCAAUUUGUAUUUUCAUUCCCUUUUCGGGAGCUGAAUUUGAUGAAAGAGGACAAACACACUUUAAUUGAACUUCUUAAUCACUUCUCAAUGGAAACCAAAGAUUCAAGAAUCUCCAACUACGACAAGUACAAAGUUCUGUUCAUCUUUGAUGGUCUGGAUGAGUGCCGACUGCCCCUAGACUUCCAGAAGAACAAGAUCUGUUGGGACGUCACAGAGUCAACCUCAGUGGAUGUUCUGCUGACAAAUCUCAUAAGGGGAAAUCUGCUUCCCUCUGCUCUCCUCUGGAUAACUACCCGACCUGCAGCAGCCAAUAAGAUCCCUUCAGGGUGUGUUGACCAGGUGACAGAGGUACGAGGGUUCAAUGACCCAGAGAAGGAGGAAUACUUCAGGAAGAGAUUCAGUGAUGAGGACCUGGCCAGCAGAAUCAUCUCACACAUAAAGACAUCAAGGUGCCUCCACAUCAUGUGCCACAUUCCAGUCUUUUGUUGGAUAUCUGCAACAGUCCUUGAACACAUGCUGAAACAUAAGAGAGAAGUGAUGCCCAAGACUCUGACUGAGAUGUACACACACCUUGUGGUGUUUCAUACCAAACAGAAGAAUGAAAAGUAUUUUGGGAAAGAAGAGACAGGUCCACACUGGAAUAAAGAGAGCAUUCUGUCACUGGGAAAACUGGCUUUUCAACAGCUUGUGAAGGGCAAUCAGAUUUUCUAUGAAAAAGACCUGAAAGAAGCUGGCAUUGACGUCAAUGAAGCCUCAGUGUACUCAGGAUUGUGCACACAGCUCUUUAAAGAGGAAUGUGGGCUGUACCAGGACAAGGUGUACUGCUUCGUGCAUCUGAGUAUUCAGGAGUUUCUGGCUGCUGUAUAUGUGUUCCUCUCUUUCAUCAACAACAAUGAGAAUCUAAUGGCCAAAACUCAAUCAACGUCCAGGAAACUUUCUGUGGGGAAAAGACAGAAGCCUAAAUUUACUGUCUACAAGAGUGCUGUGGAUAAAGCCUUACAAAGUGAGACAGGAAACCUGGACCUUUUCCUCCGCUUCCUUCUGGGCCUCUCACUGGAGUCCAAUCAGAAGCACUUACGAGGUCUCCUGACAAAGACAAGAAGCAGCUCACAGAUCCAUGAAGAAACAGUCAAGUACAUCAAGAAGAAGAUCAGGGAGAAUCCCUCUCCAGAGAGGAGCAUCAAUCUGUUCCACUGUCUGAAUGAACUGAAUGACCAUUCUCUAGUGGAGGAGAUCCAAAGCUACCUGAGAUCAGGAAGUCUCUCAGAAGACAAACUGUCACCUGCACAGUGGUCAGCUCUGGUCUUUGUGUUGCUGACUUCAGAAAAGGAGCUGGAUGUGUUUGACCUGAAGAAAUACUCCAGAUCAGAGGAAGGUCUUCUGAGGCUGCUGCCAGUGGUCAAAGCCUCCAGAGCUGUUCUGCUGUCAGGCUGUCUAGUCACAGAGGAAGGCUGUGCUUCUCUGGUCUCAGCUCUGAGGUCAAACCCCUCACACCUGAGAGAGCUGGAUCUCAGGAACAAUGACCUGAAGGAUUCAGGAGUGAAGCUGCUCUCUGCUGGACUGGGGAAUCCCCACUGUAAACUGGAGACUCUGGGGCUGUCAGGCUGUCUGGUCACAGAGGAAGGCUGUGCUUCUCUGGUCUCAGCUCUGAGGUCAAACCCCUCACACCUGAGAGAGCUGGACCUAAGCUACAAUCACCCAGGAGACAAAGGUGUCAGACUGCUCUCUGCUGGACUGGAGGAUCCACACUGCAGACUGGAGAAACUCAAUGUGGAACAUGGUGGAGAGAACACAAUGAAACCUGGACUUAGAAAAUAUGUCUGUGAUCUCACACUGGACCCAAACACAGUAGACAGAUGCCUCUCUCUGUCUGAGGAGAACAGAAAGGUGACAUGUAGGACAGAGGAACAGCCGUAUCCUGAUCACCCAGAGAGAUUUGAGGACUGUGGACAGGUGCUGUGUAGAGAGGGUCUGACUGGGCGCUGUUACUGGGAGGUAGAGUGGAGUGGGAGAGGGGCUGAUAUAGGAGUGACAUAUAAAGGAAUCAGCAGGAGAGGAAGGGGUGAUGACUGUUGUCUUGGAUGGAAUGACAAGUCCUGGAGUCUGUUCUGCACUCACAACAGUUACAUUGCCUGGCACAAUGAGAAUCCCACGACCAUAGUCGUCCCCUCCUCCAGCUCCCACAGAGUAGGAGUGUAUCUGGACUGGCCAGCCGGCACUCUGUCCUUCUAUAGAGCCUCCUCUGACACGUUGACCCACCUGUACACAUUCACCUCCACAUUCACUGAGCCCCUCUAUCGAGGGUUUAGGGUUCAUGAUGAUUCCUCAGUGACUCUGUAAAUAAUAACCUGAAACACAUACACACACACACACUCACACACUGGACACACAAACACACAGGACACACACACACACACACACACACACUGGACACACACACACACACACUGGACACACACACACACACUCACACACUGGACACACAAACAUACAGGACACACACACACAAACACACAGGACACAUACACACACGCUGGACACAGACUCAGACUGACACAUACACACACAUACAUAUUGGCACACACACACUGGACACACACACACUGGACACACACACACACACAGAGGACACACACACUCACAUAAACAAUCACACAGCGGACACACACAAUCAAACAGAGGACACACACUCACUGACACACACGCUGGACACUCACACACACAGGACACACACAGAGGGCACACACUGACACACAAACACAUUCACACGUAGAGGACACACACACACAGUGGACACACACUAGACACACACACACACACACACGGAGGAUGCACACACUGAGACACACACACACAGGACAAACACACACAUACUGUUGGGUUUAUUUUUUUGUUCAGCAUAAGCUACGGACAACGAACACAAGUACAUUUUAAUCGAUGGCAAUUUGAACGUGAUGAGAUCCCAUUGUGGUGCCAUUCAUCCACAGCCAUCAUCUCAUGUUUUAGCAUGAUAAUGCACAGAGAUACCGUGAUAAGAUCCCAUUGUGGUGCCAUUCAUCCACCGCCAUCACCUCAUGUUUCAGCAUGAUAAUGCACAGAGAUACCGUGAUAAGAUCCCAUUGUGGUGCCAUUCAUCCACCGCCAUCACCUCAUGUUUCAGCAUGAUAAUGCACAGAGAUACCGUGAUAAGAUCCCAUUGUGGUGCCAUUCAUCCACCGCCAUCACCUCAUGUUUCAGCAUGAUAAUGCACAGAGAUACCGCGAUAAGAUCCCAUUGUGGUGCCAUUCAUCUGCUGCCAUCACCUCAUGUUUCAGCAUGAUAAUGCACAGAGAUACCGUGAUAAGAUCACAUUGUCGUGCCAUUCAUCUGCUGCCAUCACCUCAUUUUUCAGCAUGAUAAUGCACAGAGAUACCGUGAUAAGAUCACAUUGUCGUGCCAUUCAUCUGCUACCAUCACCUCAUUUUUCAGCAUGAUAAUGCACGGCCUGAUGUGGCAAAGAUCUGAACACAAUUCCUGGGAGCUGAAAAAAAAAAAAGUUCUUCCAUGGCCUGACUAGACAUGUCACCCAUUGAGCAUGUUUGGUAUGCUCUGGAUAGACAUGUCACCUAUUGAGCAUGUUUGGGAUGCUCUGGAUAGACAUGUCACCCAUUGAGCACGUUUGGGAUGCUCUGGAUAGACAUGUCACCUAUUGAGCAUGUUUGGGAUGCUCUGGAUAGACAUGUCACCCAUUGAGCACGUUUGGGAUGCUCUGGAUAGACAUGUCACCUAUUGAGCAUGUUUGGGAUGCUCUGGAUAGAUGUGUACGAAAGCGUGUUCCAAUUCCCGCCAAUAUCCAGUAACUUUGAACAGCCAUUGAAGAGGACUGGGACAACAUUCCACAGGCCACAAUCAACAGUCUGAUCAACUCUAGGUGAAGGAGAUGUGUCGCGCUGCAUGAGGCAAAUGGUGGUCACACCAGAUACUGGCUGGUUUUCUGAUCCACCCUCCUACAUUUCCAUUAAGGUAUGAUAAUCAUAUUCAUAUCUGUAUUCCCAGUCAUGUGAAAUCCAUAGACUAGGGCCUAAUGAAUUUAGUAUUUCAACUGACUGAUGUCCUUAUGUGAACUGAAACUCAGUAAAAUCUUUGAAAUUGUUGAAUGUUGGGUUUAUUUUAUUGUUCAGUGUAAUAAAAAGAUCAGUAUUCAAUGUUU